UACAAUGCUUACUUAAUAACGGAGCAAAGUUAGAUCGUGUAGCCAAGAAUGGUAAGGAUGCAUUAAGCUACGCAUCUUAUGGAGGAAACCUUAAGGUGGUUAAAUUGCUAGUAAAUAGUGGUGCUAAUGUAAACAACAAAAAUCUGUAUGGGACCGAUACUUUGAUGUAUGCAUGUGAAAAUGGCAAUUACAAAGUAGUGCAUCAUCUACUUACAGCUGGAGCAAGGUUAGACUGUUUAGAUUGGUAUAAAAUGGAUGCAUUAAGAGUUGCCUCUAUGAAAGGACAUCAUAAAGUAGUAAAAUUAUUAGUGAAACAUGGAGCCAAUUUACACAGUGUAAAUAUACAUGGGCGUAAUGCCCUAAUGAUUUCAUCUUUAAACGGACAGUUUGAAGUAGUAGACGUCUUAUUAGAAUCAGGAGCGACAGUUGAUGCUACUGACGAAAACGGCAGUGAUGCAUUAAUGUAUGCAUCUGAGCAUGGACACGAUGAAAUUGUAAAGUUGUUACUUGAAAAAGGAGCAUUUAUAGACAAGGUUGACAUGUAUGGCUAUGAUGCAUUGAUGUAUGCAGCUUUACAUGGACAUGAGAAGAUAGUUGAGAUUUUAAUUCAAAACAAAGCAGUUGUAAAUCGUAUUGAUAAUACUGGAUUUAAUGCAUUGAUGCAUGCAUCUAAACGUGGACACAUUAAAGUCGUUAACAUUCUAAUUAAUCAAGGAGCUAGCUUAAAUCGUGUAGACGAAUGCGGUUAUGACGCAUUGCGAUUAGCUGUUACAAAUGGACAUGAUAAUAUAGCAACAUGUUUAGUAAAAAGUGGAGCUAAAGUCAAUCGCAAAUAUACCAACCGAUACAGUGCACUAAUAAAUGCGGCAUUAAAAGGAAACAUGUCGUUUGUAGAACUACUGAUUCAAAACGGAGCAGAUGUGAAUUAUAAAAACCUUGAAGGCUGUGAUGCUUUAAUGUGUGCUUGCCAAAAUGGUCAUGAUGAGAUAGUUGUAUUUCUACACAUGUGCGGAGCUGUUCUAAGUCGUGUUGACAAAUUUGGAUGCGAUGCUUUAAUGAUCGCAUCGCAGAAUGGGCACGAUAAAGUGGUCAACUAUUUACUACACAAUGGGAUUUCUCACGAUCGAAUCGAUGAAUCUGGGUUUGAUGCUUUGAUGUCAGCAGCUUUGAAUGGACAUGAGAAAGUUGUAGAUAUACUUCUCAAUAGUGGGGCAAGUACAGAGAAUGUAAAUCACAUAGGAUUCGAUGCUUUAAUGUGUGCCUCAAUAAAAGGGCAUUACAAUAUUGUAGAAUCUUUACACAAAGUGGGAGCACAAUUAAACCGUGUCGAUUCUUAUGGUCGUAAUGCAUUACUGGGUGCAUGUCUAGCAGGAUAUCACCAAGUUGUUGAAUUUCUACUUAAAUUGGGAGCAAAUUUAAAUUGUGUGAAUCAAAACGGAACUGAUGCAUUGACUCACGCAGCUCAAUGUGGACAUCACAAAGUUGUAGAAUGUUUGAUACAUUGGGGAGCAUCAUUAGCCAAUGUAAACAAGUUUGGAAGCGAUGCUUUGAUGUCGGCUUCAUACUAUGGGCACCAAAACGUAGUGCAGAUUCUACUCAACAGUGGGGCGGGGUUAGAACAAGUAACACCAGCUGGAUACGAUGCUCUUAUGAUUGCAUCACAAAGUGGCCAAGAUAAAGUGGUCAAAAUGUUACUCUUAGCUGGAGCAAAUUUAUAUCGAACAUCCAAAGACGAUAUGGACGCCUUACAGAUUGCAUGUAACCGGGGACAUGCUAAAGUGGCAGAAUAUUUAAUUAGAUAUGGUGCAGAUUUAGAUCGAAUAAAUAAACAUGGAUAUGAUGCACUUAGAUUUGCAUCUGAAAAUGGACACGAAAAUGUGGCCAAAUAUUUAAUAAGAUAUGUAGCAGAUUUGAAUCGCGAGUACAACAAUGGAUUAAAUGCUAUAAUGAGCGCUUCUGUGAAAGAACAUGCUCGAAUUGUUGAACUGUUGAUUUUAUACGGCGCAGUUAAAAAUUACCAUAACGCCGAAGGUCUUGAUGCAGUAAUGUGUGCAUCUCAAUAUGGCCACGUUGCAGUAGUCGAAUGUUUGCACAAUCACGGUGCUAAGUUAGACCGUUUUGACAACAUGGGAUUCGAUGCUUUAAUGUAUGCAUCAACAAAAGGAUAUACACAAAUAGUAGAAACUUUACUAAAUUAUGGUGUUCACUUAAACUGUGAGAACAAAAACAUCUGCAGUUCACAUCAGAAAUUACCACUUAAUGAAGAUGCAACAAGCUAUACUUCCGACGAUCAUGAUGCAUUAGUGCUAGCUUCUUUUAAAGGCCACUACGAAGUUGUAGAAUGUUUACUAAAAAAUGGAGCUAAUUUAAAUCAUGUAUACUUCGAUGGUUUUGAUGCAUUAAUGAUUGCAAGUAAUUUAGGCCAUGUAAAAGUUGUGGAACUUCUUCUAAAAUAUGGGGCACGUAUUGAUCGUUUAAAUGAAUUCGGUUUGGAUGUGUUGACAAUAGCUUCAGCAAAUGAUCAUGAUGAAAUAGUAGAAUUAUUACUGAAACGUGGAUAUGUUUCAAAUCGUGCAAAAAUAAUGGCUUGA